GCCGUGACGGGCAAUAUUGCCGCCUCCAGCAGGCUUGACUUUACUUCUUUUUUGCAAUGUCUGCCAACGAAACAGUGCCCACACCGGUCUCAACUGGAGAAGCAGUAAAAAACAUCCUUGACGACUACCCAGAUGUUGAUGGCCGCUCUUGUCAACUCUUGGGCCCGACCGCGCUUAUUGUGCAAGGCUUGAUGGGGAUUCUGGUGAUUCUGUCGCUGGUGUACAAACGUCACAGAGAGAAACCGAAACGUCCUUGGCGAAUCUGGUUAUUCGAUGUUUCCAAGCAAAUUGUGGGACAAAUGUUCGUCCACGGAGUAAACGUCUUCGUAUCCGAUGCUGUUUCUCACAAUUCAGACGAGAACGCGUGUGUCCUCUAUUUCUUCAACAUCCUAAUUGAUACGACCCUUGGUGUCGGUCUACUCUACAUCAUUCUUCGCGUUCUGACUCACUUGUUCGUUGAGAACUUUCAUCUAAAAGGGUUCGAGUCUGGCAUAUACGGCACUCCGCCCUCUAUAAAAUUCUGGGGGAAGCAAGCAACACUAUACGUCGUAGCUCUUACGACUAUGAAGCUCCUAGUUAUCGCACUUCUGGCAUUUUUCCCUGGCCUGUUCAUCAUUGGUGCCUGGUUACUCAGUUGGACUUGGACAGGAGAUGGCGACGCCUUGCAAGUUAUCUUCACAAUGGGUCUCUUCCCCAUCAUCAUGAACAUCCUCCAGUUUUGGCUCAUCGACUCCAUCGUUAAAGCCUCAAACGAACAAUUCGUAUCCCUAGACACCGAUGUCCACGACGCGCUUGAUCAUGCAGACCGCGAACCUUUGUUCGGAGUCCCAUCUGACGAUGAGGACGAUGAUGACGCCGGUACACAGCGCCAUGAUAUCGAAAACCCACGCUCCCCAACCCAUCAACAUCAACGCUCCCAAUCCAACGAUAAAUCGACAGGUGGCAGCACGACUCCGUUAGCUUCAGAGCCCAAGCUAUCCGGCUCGAGUACACCCCAAGCCAUCCCUAGCGAAACGCACGAUGUACACGCAUACCCUCCUAGCUUGUCAAGUAGCGUAGCGUCAGCUUCUACGAUGGCGUCAAUACCUGCCUCGAGCAUUCGGGAAGCAACGAAGCUCAACAAGAAACGUCGUUCGCCUCCUACACCCCUCCAUAUACGCCAACCACGACAGCCCGCUGUAAACACUGCUUCUCCUGCACCGAAGAACCCCUCACACGAGAGGAAACCAUCUAGACCUGUGGUUGUUGUAGAACCAGCAGGACAGGAGUGGACUGAAUCAUGGGGAGAUGAGGACGACUGGGCAGAUAGAGUGGGCGAGGAGGACUGGACUGGAUGUCGAAUAGAGCAGAAGAAGGAUAGUAUUAACGGAGUUUGGGAUCAUUCUCCGAUAGGUGCUCAUGCAGAAUCAUAAGGCUUUCUGCACCCUGUCCAGCACUCGCGUGUAUGUCCAUCCACUAACUUGCAUAUUAUUACAUGUAUAUAAUGAACGUUAGCUCAGUAGUACUAGUUGCAUGAUAUACCCC